AUAUGUGCACACGGAUAUAUGAAAGAUAACAAGGGAUGUCCUGUUUGUAAAUGUGCGAAAUGCCCUCCAUUGGAUCAGUGUUAUAAACAGUGUUUGUAUGGUUUUGAAACGAACAGUAACGGAUGUCCUGUAUGCAAGUGCAGAGGAAUUCUGUUCAUUAUUAACAUGUCCAGAACGUCCAGAUUCUUGUCCGCUCGAGCAAUGGAAAAGAAAAGAAGGGUUGUCGAAUGUCCACCAAUCGCAUGUCCAAAUCCUAUACCUGACCCGAGUAAUAAAUGUUGUCCCAAAUGUCCGGAUGAGACAAAUUCAACGUCGCUGCUGGCAUUGUCACACGAACGAGGAACCACACUGAUCUGCACCGAUGAGAACGAUAUGGCGCAUGUUGAAGGAUGUGUCGCAAGCGAAGAGGAGUCAACUGAUACGAAAAUUGAAUGCUUCCGAGAGAAAUGUGCUGGAUUAGAGAACUGUUUGGGUAUGCCGCUCACUAUUAAAGGACGUUGUUGUCCAGUUUGCUCAGACGUGCUAUCAUCGGAGUCAGUCUGCAUCUACAACAAAAACUCCUACAGUAUCAAUGAAGAAUGGCAUGAUGGUGAUUGCCGUAACUGUACGUGUCAACCAGGUGGUAAAACGAUUUGUAAGGAGCAACAAUGUGCACCAUGUAAUAAACCGAUUGUUGUUCAGGGUCAAUGCUGUCCGCUUUGUAAAGGUAUGAACAACCAUCAACACAAAUGUGACACGUUGCUUUUGUUUCCAAUUAUCCAAUGNGGUUGGCAAUCAAUUGGUGAAGGAAAUCCACACGCAAUCGAAGUAGACAGCAACUCACACACUCAAUCUGUAAAUCCAAUUCUAAUUGGUUUAAGUUUUGGUGGAUGUUUAUUAUUAGCGACGAUCGUUCUAUUGCUCAUCUAUCAAUUCAUUAAACGGCGACGAAGCAGCAAACAAAAGAAAUCACCGAUUCACUUCAACAAUUCCAAAGUGCUGCUAUCGUCAUCGAAAGCAAUCGGAUCAACGCCACGACUAUACGACGAAUUUCCGAAACGAAGAGACAGCUGUGGAGAUGGUCAAAGUGAGUCAUUGCUUUCAACAACCUCUGAAUCAAGUUCAGCCGUAUCGUCGAACGGCAGUUCGGGUCAUGAGCCACACUUCGACACACUUCCGUUAACAGCCAAAAAGAACGGCGCAAAACGAACCAAAUCGGUUGACUACGGUAACAGUAUUCGGCGUGGUUUUGGCUCGUUCAAAAAUACACCGCUAAGUAAAGCUAGUAAAGUUGGUGAAAAGCAUGGCUCGUGUAACGUCUAA